UAUAUAGGCGUCAUUUAAUGUCACAAUUAUCAUCACUCUCCUUACGAACCUCCAAAAUUGAUGAGCAAAAUUUUUCCUUUGCAAAUGUAAAAUAUGCUAUCAGGAAAGUUGCAGAACUUUGUUACAUCGUAUUUCAACGAGUAUGCAAUCGUCAGCAUGGUCAGUGUACCGCUUCAAUCGCUUCCCGCCGCCACCGAAUUGUCAACAAGCUAAUAUUUCCUCCUGCAGAAAGCCAACAUGGAGGAAUCCGUGCCUGUCGUCGACUUUUCGGCUUACAGUCUAGAUCGUGAGAGUCCAGAUCCCGAACAUUUUCAGAAACUGAUUGACGAUGUCCACCGUGCUCUCACCACCAUUGGUUUCAUGUACUUGAAAAAUUUCGGAAUCCCAGCUGAAAUGAUAAGUGAUGCAUUUUCCACUUCAAAGAGGUUCUUUCAAUUACCCUUAAAUGAGAAGAUGAAGUGCGCUGGACCAGAAGGAAGUUUCUAUGGUUACCACCAUAUGGAAAAAGAAGGGUUGAAUCCGCGAAGAGCAUCCAAUGAUCUGAAGGAGAUUUUUGGUUGUAUUCCUAUCGAAGGCACGUCAACGGUCUUCCCGGAAGAAGAGUUGCCCGAAUUUCGAAAAUGUCUUACAGACCUCUUUCACUCAGCUAUCCUUCUUGAGUACAGAGUGCUCGAAAUUAUUGCCCGAGGGCUCAAACUCGACGAUCCAUUUUAUUUUACGGACAGACACAAGCUCACUGGAACCAAUGGAAACACGACGUCAAUUCGUUCCCUCUAUUACCCAUCAUUGGUCAACGUUGAUAUAAAAGAGGACCAAGUACGGUGUGGGGAGCACUGCGACUAUGGCGGGAUAACACUACUUUUUCAGGACACACAACCUGGGCUUGAGGUGAAGAAUGUCCAUGGAAAAUGGAUCCCAGCAUCGCCAAUAGAGGGCACUGUGAUCGUCAACGUUGGGGAACUCAUGCAGCGGUGGACUUCAGACAAAGUUGUUGCUACCGAGCAUAGAGUACUGGUUCCUUCAGAUCAGCUCGAGCACGAGAGGCAGUCAAUUGCCAUCUUCGGGAAUCCCGACAAUGAGGUCUCCAUCGAGUGCAUCGAUGGGUCGAACAAGUACCCGCCCACGACAAUAAUGGACAUGCUGAAUAUGAAAUUUAAACAGACCUUUGGCUAUAGCCCGGCGAAAGAGGACCCCGGGAGUUUCUGAAGAACUUCAGUGAUGUCAGUUUUCUGGGGGCCCAUUGUCAUGAUUUGAGACGAUUAAUGGUUCAUUUUAACUCAACUCCAACGCAGCAAAACUGUGGUGUUAACCGGGUGUACAUAAUAUUAUUAAAGGACUACGCCACUUUAAUUACUCCGGUGUUAUUUCCAGUGUUAGUUUCAACGGUUCCAUGAUAAUUGUUCAGGGGCAAAUAAUUGCUUCAAUUGAAAUUCUGCACCUUAAGCAAAACAUAAAACCUACUCUCAAAAAAAAACUAAAUAAAUUAACCCUAUAAUAAUUUCAUUUACAUUAUUCUGAACAAAAAACUGCAUUACAAUCCUAACUCUCUGGCUAUGCCCUCUUAAAUAUUAAGGCCGGAGAAAAUAUCGCAGGAGCAAACAGUGGCGUAUGGGGGGGGAUGUGCCCCCUUCCCUAUCAGCUGUGUCAAAAAAGAAUCAGGAGAAAAGGAGAAAAGAGGGAGAAAGAAAGCAAAGGCGAACAGGGGGAAAUAGAAAAUCAUUGUAUAUUAUGUUAUGUUAUAGUAUACUAUAUCAUAUUACAAAAACAUUUUUAAUUACUUUUUGAAACAUAAUUCGGGUAGGACCUAUGUGUUCAUCACUCCUGGCGCCCACAUUGUCUGUUUAAUGAGAGAAAUAAUACCAGUGGAUUAAAUGGAAAAUGAUACUGAAACGUCCCGUUUUCAAGUCAAAAUACACCAAAUAUAUUUCCUCGCACUUCGACAUUUUAUUUAUGUAUGUAGUGACAGUAGCUUCUUUUCCAUGACUGCUUAAAGUGAUUGCCCCCUUUUAAGGUCUGAAUAUAAAAAAAAUCCAGUCCGUGCUUACGUUCGCAUAUUAGUGAAUUGGUGAUACAUCUACUCUUCA